ACACGCGGGGUCUUUGACAACGUCAUCGGCCUCCCCAGGUCAGUUCAGUUGAGUUGAGCAGGAGGCGGCUUAAAAUACGACAUUGAAAUGCCCAACUGUACCUGCCUACAGGGCGUGUUCGGAGUGCAAUACAGUAUUUAUCCCGUCCUCAUAAGGCUGACGUACGUCCACCCUUUGAGUUAGGGUGCCUCACCUCAGCCACAUAAUAUAAGCUUUAAGCUUCCAACUUCCCCUCCUCUACGGAGUAGUUAUACCUACCUGCCUUAUAACAGAACCAACCGUCUCGUUAGGUCUGCGUCGCUUUACACUUUACACUUACUUGCAGAUCCCCCCUCUACCUUACCUACCUUACCAUACAAUGUCAAAAGACUACUACGAGUACGAAGAAUACUCUCGUCGCCGACGUGACUUUUCUCCCGACAACUAUUCCGGUGGUGCCCCAGGGUCUCAGCAACAAGGCCCUCCUCCUCCUGGCGCUCCUCCUUAUGCCUCAACCUCCCGUCUUGAUGAUCCUUACUACGGCGGCAUGCCUCCUCCUCCGCGGGAGCGCAUGACCCUCGAGCCUCCCGAGUCACAGAACCGCCCACGAUCUGUCCCACCAAACACCACCAUGGUCCGACGCAGCCGCUCUCGUUCCCGUCCUCCCUCGGACGACGACGACUAUGACGACAGACGGAGCUCACGAAACCGUUCACAGAGUCCCGUUACCCGCGCUCGGAACGUCGUUGAUGAGAACUUCUCUCAUUCCGCCGGCGGCAUCGGCGCCGGUAUCUUAGGCGCUGUCGUUGGUGGUCUUGUAGCUCGCGAGGCGACUGAAGCUGCAACACGCCGCAAGCACAAGACCCGGGGUUACGAAGACGAGAAUGAGGACCGCACUCGUCUCGUUUCCACCAUUCUCGGCGCUGUCGCCGGUGGCCUAGGAGCCAAUGCUCUCGCCAAUAGGGUUGAAGAUUCUAGGGAGCGAGACCGACGACGCCAACUCGACUGGGAGCGUGAGCGCAGCUACGUGCGCGAGCAGGAGAUGCCCCGUUAUGAGCAACGGAGAUCCAGUGACCGUGACAGAGAGGACGACCGUCGCGAUCGUGACCGUGACCGUGACCGGUAUGAUCGCGGCAGGGCACUACCCCAAAAUGAUGAUGAUGAUUAUGACUUCGUCUACGAUGAUCCGCGAUACGAAGAUCGAGAACCUAGGCGACGUAGAAGCGAGGACAACUACCGCUAUCGCCAAUAGUCGACCCUUCUUUUUGCCCCUCGACAGCCGAUUACUGCUUCAUUAUGACGUCUCACGAUAGUAUUUCUUUCGUUAUUUUCUUCUUGUUUACUUCUUCUCUUGGUUUAUGUUGGGUGACGUUUUAAAUUUUGCGAGCCGUACUAGAAGUGUUUUUCAUUACCACAGGCUGAACCGUCAAUCUGGAUAUCAACUUUUGGGGGAUCUCACGAGAACAUGACUUGGCGCCUCUUGGAUAUUUACAUAGUCGAUACUGUUAUGUUUUUAAAGUGCUUACGGUGUCAUGUAUGGUUUCAUGUACCUAUUGGAGUCCUCUUUGGCGAAUUCUGGGGUUACUUCUCGUAUCGAUUUUACAAUGCAUUCGCAUAUCAUGAUAAGGAUUACCGCAGCUGAAUCACCUGCCCUAUUUGCAACACUCCAACUCCAUGAUGACGUGCUGUCCAACCAAUUCAACUCAAUCGAAAGCAACAAAACCAAAACCAUGACUUGUCACAAGUAACAAGUCCAUUCAAUCAUAUUCCUUCCUGAACCGCUGUCCACCGUCGCUCGCCCCGGUUGCUGGAGUCCCUGCCAUUGCCUCCAGUGUGUUCUCGAACAUCCUGCUCUCGCUCCACGAUCACCUUGAAGAACUGAGCUAUGUCAGCAAGCGCGCGCUGCUGAUAGUCAGGGACAUCAAGCAUUUUGAAGGUUGACUGGGUGUCGACCAACUGCUUCGCAAUCACAGAAUCUGGCUGGCAAAGUGUUCGGACGCACAUUGCUCGGGCAUUGACCUUCAUGGCGUGCAGGAGCCCGCCAAUCUCAACAUGAUCGGCUUGUCGGCGGCCAUAGAAGCGAAAAUCGUCGACGUGCAAGUUGAUAAGUUCAAGCUGCGUCUCCAGGUCGUAGCGGAAACCAACAACCUUUGGUCGGCCUUUGUUAUGCCACGUAUCUGCUACCUUCUUGAGCUUGUCAGGCACAAGCCGACCCUUGUCCAGUUGCACCGUAAUAUAGUCAUUCAAUGCAGUGCUCAGGUUGAACUCCAGUUCGCAGUAGAGAAGGCUUUGCUCUCUGGCAUUUAGUGAAAUGGCGACCUGUGAUGUCGGGCGAGACCGGAUUGCGGGCUGCGCCCGACGAGAGGUAUAAUGAAGCUCCGUCUGCGGCUGAGUUAGUACAAAUAUCUGACGCUGUAUUUUACCAACAUACCAUGUCUUUUGCGAGUUUCUUGAUGUUGUCCAAAAUUCCGGUCUUCUUCUGGGGCGUCUUUGCGCUUUGAUCAGGGCCGCCGUCAGGGCGUUCGAGCCACCCGUUAUCCCCAAUCAUUAUUUUUUCGCCCUUCUUGGAGCUUGGGUAGUCUGUCCCUCUGAAAUAGAAUUGCAGUGGUGAGAAUAUGGGAGUGUCUUGGACAGCCCGACGAUAGUUGCCGUUAUUAGAGCCCGCUGUUAUGACUUGUGGGAUCGGUGUAGACUGCACUGCGAUGGCUCGAGCUUGUCUCAGCCCAUCUGCAGAGCUCUUCGAGCGUCGAGGCCUAUUGACUACAUCCUCUGGAUGGCUUACCGACUCCUUGAUCAUGGAGGAAUCAUGGGUCCUUUUCCACUCUUGACAGUAGCCCUCUCCAGCACCAUUGAAUCUGGAUUGUGACCUGGCGUGGCUGAGGCGAAGAGGUGAUGGGCGGGCAGUUUGUUGAGGGGAGUAGACCGAAGAGGUAUCAUCGUCGAAGAUCGGCUCACGCUCAAAGCUUCCCUGCCCCAAAGGAGAGACUGAAUCGGGAAUAUCUUCCAUCUCGGCUGGCCGAGGAACUGCCCCACUAUGACGGAGAUUCCCAAGCUGCAACGGAGAAGGCGGGUUGAUAUGUCGACGUUCUGCUAAACUGGCAGAGAACAAGUCCUUGGAAGAACCCGAAUGGCGACCGGGCAUAAGCUCCGAAAAGGUUGGAGAAUUCACAUCAGAGGGACCAUCUUCUCUAGUAGUCCAACCGUAGGAAUACUCAUGCUGUAGAAGUCUUGGUUUGUUCUUUCGUGGUGUCGACCUCGGAGUGGUUCUUGGAGUGGCCAUCGUAGACUUUUUCUUGAAUUUAGCGGCCUUGGUUGGGCUCUUAUCGACUUGAUGACUGAAACUUCAGGGAAAUUAGUUGGAAAUAUAGAUUAAUAGAAAAAUAUGACAUACGCGUCCGUAA